UGACACUUUGGUGACACGCCCCUGCCCUGGUGGUGUGGCACGUUCUGACGCUUUUCCACGUCGCAGUUCUCGUUGUCGCCAAUGGUAAGCGGUUGCGUGUACGACUCGAGCAAGGCCGGAGAAAGAUGGCGGCGCCCGUCCUGAGAGUGUCCACCCCUCGAUGGGAAAGAAUAGCCAGGCUCCUUGUUUGCGUCUUGGGUAUAUUGUUGUCCUUAUACGCCUUUCACGUGGAGACGGAAAAGUCUAGAGACACGAAUUAUCGGGCCAUGUGCGACGUGAGCAAUUCUAUCAGCUGUUCAAAAGUCUUCACCUCCAGGUGGGGUCGAGGAUUUGGACUGUUGGGCUCGAUCUUCGGAAACGACAGUGCAAUGAACCAGCCAAACAGUGUCUACGGAAUUGUAUUUUAUGUCUUUCAACUGUUACUAGGAAUCACCGUGAGUGCGAUGGCUGCCCUGAUCCUCAUGGCGACGUCCAUCCUGUCGGUGAUGGGCUCUCUCUACCUCGGCUACAUCCUCUACUUUGUCCUCGAGGACUUCUGCAUUAUCUACAUCACCACAUAUGCACUUAGCUUCAUUCUCUUUAUGCUCAACUACAAGCGCCUGGUUUACUUGAACGAGGCCUGGAAGCAGCAGCUGCCGGUCAAACAGGACUAAGAUGGGGGGGGGGGUGGGGGGGAGAAAAAAAAAGUUAAACAAAUUACGUGAACUCUUGAACAGAACAUUUUAACUUGCCACCAGGAGACCUUGCUUCCAAAACAUUGUUUAUUAUGCCUUGUUUUAUAUAUAUAUAUAAAGAAACAAGAUGACUAGUCUGGGCCAGACAUCUCUCAAGUUCAUUGUUGCAUAAAUGGAAGGAUUUUCAAACGGGGUUGGGUUGGGCGGGGCGGGGGGGAGAGAUUAUCUUCGUUUCUCAUUUUCGUUUUUAUUUAUACCCUCACACAUGAUAAACAAGCAGGAAAGCGAAGGUAGAAUCCCAGUUCACUUCACUGUGAAAGAUGAGAGGACAGGACAUCCUUCUUGAACAAAAAAAAGGACCAGAACGUAGAAGGAAAAUUGGGACUUCUAAAAGGUGUAUACUUGAAAUCGAUAAGAAGGUCCUGUUCCUGACCGGCUCCGGAGCCUAGCUGCAACGUCACUACAACCUCAGCGGAACUGAAUAAUGGGUCAGAAUACCAAAUGCAUGAUCGUGGAGAUUUAUAAUCGUACAGUUGGCAGCAUAGCUAGGAUAACAUGAGAGCCAAACAGGUUAACUAACAUCCUACAGCAUACAGAAUAUUAUUAUUUUUUUUUCUCUCUCAAUGUUUACACUUUACAGCAGUUUUUUUUUGUGUCUUUGAUAGUACCACUUAUAUUAAACAUGGGAGACUGUGAGCAACUGUGUGGAAAUCAGUCAGAAUUGUUUAGUUUUUCUUUGUUUUUUUGAUUCUGUAAAUAGCUGCUGAGAAAUUUUCCAGGUUAGAUUGUGAUUUAGUGUUGACAUAGACUAAGUUAAAAAAGUAAUAAAUAAUUUUUAAAAAAAUGUUUCGAAAGAAAUCACAAAAUAAGAAAAAAAAUAAAGUGAAGUCAAGUUGUCAUCUGGGUGAAUUAACUCCGUCGGAAGACGUUUUUGCAGUCGGUGUGUGACGUCUUAACUUCCUGCAACCCCAAGCGAGGCAUGCUGCAUAGACUUGCGUGGAUUCAUGUGUUCACUAAUCAAGUUUCUUUCUCAGAAGUCUUUAACUCACCGAGGUCACAAAGCCUAUGAUAUGUCUCAAGAGUCUUCAGAGCAGGGGGUGUGUUCAUUAGGCAACGCAACGUUUUCAUAACGUUUUGCGCUGGAAAAUUAAAAUGUGCGUUUCUUAUAGACUGGUUAGCUGACAUCACGAAAACAAUGCACGUGCUUCAAUCGGGCAGAAUGCGGUGUGAUUCUGGAUGGCCAGAUGACUAGCAACAAUGACAUGAAGCUACCAUGAGGGGAAUCGUAGGUGGCUUGUUUCAGUUGGUUUAACCAACGACUGUAACAAUGUACUUAUUGUUUUCAAUAAACAAUGACGACAAUAUAGUUUGUGUUAAUUAACAAACAACCCCGUUAGUUUUGUUGCUAAACAACCAACCCAUCUAUUGUCCAGGUAGUACCCCAUUUCAGUUUUGUUUUUCUUCUUCUUUGGUGCCUAAUGUACAUGACCCUAGUUAAUUUAUUCUCUGCCAAGAUGAAAUCUUGCUCUCUCCGUGAACUUCCCUGUCAUUAUGUGUUAAAAGCAUUCCUGGACACACACUACUGUACCACUGGGGGAUCCAUGUAGACUUAUGUGCCUGAAAGAGAAGUGAAUUCCCUUUAUUGGGUGGGUGGAGGGGUAUAUGUAAAUGAGACGUGAAUUCCCUUUGGUUGGGUGGAGGGGUAUAUGUAAAUGACACGUGAAUUCCCUUUAUUGGUUGGAGGGGUAUAUGUAAAUGAGACGUGCAUUCCCUUUAUUGGGUGGAGGGGUAUAUGUAAAUGACACGUGAAUUCCCUUUAUUGGUUGGAGGGGUAUAUGUAAAUGAGACGUGCAUUCCCUUUAUUGGGUGGAGGGGUAUAUGUAAAUGAGACGUGCAUUCCCUUUAUUGGGUGGAGGGGUAUAUGUAAAUGAGACGUGCAUUCCCUUUAUUGAUUGGAGGGGUAUAUGUAAAUGAGACGUGCAUUCCCUUUAUUGAUUGGAGGGGUAUAUGUAAAUGUUUCACUUUUAUUUUUUCUCAUUGUCUCACCAUUGUUACAAACCCAUUGCUUUUUUUGUUUUGUAUUUACUAAAUUGUAUACAUAAGGCCAUUGGCGUCUCCCUUGUGUAUAGCGCAAUGAUACGGUAGCACAGGCUGCCAAACAGUGAUCGUCUGUCAGCUCAAGGGUGGUAGUAGUAGGCCAGCCAUUCAGUUAGGCAUUUUUGUAGGUUAAGGUUGCCGAUUUUUUUUUUUUUUUAAGUAGUAAGGUUCAGUCUCUCUCUGUGGAACAACAGCACUGUAGCUACAGUUUUUUUGGGGGAAGGAAACCUCUCAGUAUUGGCCAAAGUGUGUGAUUACAACCCAAGGCAGUUGGAUCAUCGCGAAGCAGAAUAGCCGAUAGAUCAGGUUGAAGCCCUUCAAACCUGAUGUGUAAGUUACUAUUCAUGGACAGUGGAACAUCCCCUGGCUCACGUUGAACAAUCUCAUUGAUACUGUUUUCGAUGGGCACUCAACACUGUCACUUAAAAAAUAAAAAAAUUAUACCAGUUGGCGAUUUCCUAAUAAAGGAGCCAUUGUUUCCUUAUGGCCGAGGUCUAAACAAAGAUGGCUGAUGACGCAAAUGACUGCUUCCUGUUAAACCAUGCUAGGUCAUCAGUUGUACACGCAUGAUGGAAUAUGAGGUACUUAUGGUUUGCAUUGUAACUCACUAGCGCUGCACAAGGUAUUUGACACAAAAAUACUGGUAUUGCCUGUUGCAACCCAAAUUUUAGCAGUGGAACACCUGAGGUCUUUGGGACGAGAUGCCAUUUUGUGCAUGAUGACAAGGUCUAAACCUCCAACUCCCAGAGUUUGACUUACAGUCUGGUUGUACACUAUAGACUUUCCUAAGGGGUUACUCACAGAGCCCAUGUUGGCAGCAUUCAUAUAGGUCCUAACGUUGGAGCAACAAACUUAAAACAGGUGUAAUACAAUCAUUUCGCAACACUCGCAUUAACAUCUGCUAACCAUGUGUAUGUGACAAAUUUGAUUUGAUUUGAUUUGAUAAUCGUCCCAAAGUUACUUGUUCCAGAGAUGUACGGGUGGAGUGUUUGGCUUUAAGUCAAAGUUCUUAAAAGAAGCUCGCUGAAUGUGUUCCUAUCGCUAACCUGCUAGAUAAGGAGUCAACACAUUUAAAAAAAAAUGUUUUGAUUUUUAUUCAAGUCAAAUUAGAAGAUAAAACACGUAUUAAUCAAAAAUCUACAGAAAUACAGUUAAAUGUAUAAUGCAGCCCGAGACUCAUUUUUAAUCCGUGUGUCCUGUUCAGAAAGUGAUUCUAAAAAUGUCCCUAGAUUUAGAACCAUGAGUCAUGUUCACCUGCAUCAACAAAUGCCUGCUGUUGGAUCACUGGGCCUUUCGCAGUUAAAGAGACAGUAAAAUAAAGCCUGGUGACAGUGAUUGGCUCUCUUGCUUGCCUUUCUAAACAUGUAGUUCUGAUCAUUGGACCCCCCCCACAGCACUCUGUAGAUCGCCUGGGUGCCAGUCUGUUUCUGCCGUCUUGCCAACUUUAAAAGGAAAUGUCAUGGCUCAGCCAUGGAGUUGGUAAGAGCACUAACUGAUCAGAGACCAGGGGUGUAAACAUGCAGAUUCUUUCGCUAAAUACUUUUUUUUCAAAAACGGAAAGCGCAAACAAGUUUCUAUUGGACAAAUUCAGUUAGAUCCCUCCCCGCUUUGGUUCUUAAAAUGGGUUCUGUAAUGAAUAAACCACGUGAGAGGUAAAAAAAAAAAACUCACCGAAAAGCC